AUGCAUGUUAAGACCACAAUGAAAUCUGUUUGCGUACCACGACGUUGCGGACUUUGUGGUUUUGAGCUUCAACUUGGCGACAACAUUGUUGCAGUGCGGCGGUCCGACAUCAAAACAUCUCAACCUUACAAGUACAGCAUUGUGGGCUUUACCGACAGUGUUCUGGGCAUCGAUUAUGCCCAGUGUCUUGGGAGAUGUCAUCACGAUGAGCAGAGAGCUGGCUGUCAUGUUGACUGUAUCGAGAUCACGCCCGAUUUUACACUCGCAAAGGUUCUUGAAGUGACCACACCUGCAUUCGAGCCCCCCGUACUCGCAGACAAACGACGCAUCCGCUGGUUUCAGUCUCGUUUAGCUGGAAUACUCGAAACAACGACCCGCCAUCUUCCUCAUUUACCGGAGGAAGUCCGUCAUAAUAUUGCAGCAUGGGCCCUAGACCAUCGACUGACCCGUCGUCGCUUGGUCAUUGAUUGUGUCAACAAAAGAUGUGCGGAGAAAGUGAGCGCUGUUUUGUCCGUCAAGACUUCGGAGAAGAUUUAUGCCAGACACGUCGAAUUUGAGGGCGUCCAAUACAUUGCCUACUUGACGAAUGCAGCCAGCGACGACAAAGACAUUCUUUUGUUCGAUCCGACUUCGCCAACAUCCAUUAAUAGCUUGUUUGUCGCAAACGAUCAUCUUGGUGUCCGGCAGCUGUUGUUUACCGAUUCUUCAAAACAAUGCACCAUCGAACAGGAAGUGGGCGUUUGGUGGAGAGCAUUGAAACUGGAAAGCCUCGGUGGCCGUAUCCAGUACCAUAGCGAUGGACUGAAAUUGCGCGACCUCAAAGGUGAAGCAAUGGUGUUACCAAAAGACUGUUGGGGCGUUCCACAACUUGCACCCGAGUGUGUUCGGUUUGAAAGCAUAUGGAAUGCAGAGCCGAGCUACCACAUGUCGGUUGAAUCUUGUAACGAUCCUCAGACCACAGCCUACUCACUAUGCUGGAACUCACAAAUCCUCAUGCUGCAUGCACACUACGUCAAAGAGAACCUUGACUUUUAUCAAAGCUUACGAACCACGGACGAAACUGCUAUAUGGCAAUACAUGCCACUUCAUGCAGACGAGGUAUUGACAGAAAUUUGGAAAUUCAAUGGGCCAUUCAGAAGUGCAAUUGGAUUACUGUUAGUUACAAACCAGGGCCGCUCGGAAUUCCUAGGGGUGCAGCCUCGGCCAAACUGGAGCCAAUCUGAGUGGACUCUUCUUGACUUGCCGAGCGACACCACGAGCCGCAUUUAUGUCGAAACAACAACUUACGGUGUGCGGAGGUUAGGCUUCGAGACACCUCGGCCUGAGCGGCGAGCCCAAGUACCCAGUUUUGAGCGGCCAACCUCAUCGUAUCCGAUCUUUCGUCAUGGCGAGUACUAUGCCUGGAACAAAGCCAAACUCAACGAAGUAGUUGAGAUUGUCCCAUGUCGACGCCAUCAUAGAGGAAGGGUUAUCACCAUCGGACUUCUACUACAUUAUACCGACGGAAACUCAGCUUGUGUUGGUCAAAUCAGACUCGACUGCUUAGGAGAGGCUUCAAGUGUUGAUCCUGCUUCCGACGGGAUGACGGACGAUGUCGAGUUGGGUAUGGAAGUCCUGAGGAAGUCGUACAAGGGUAUGCGGAGUGUGAAUAGGCUUUAUAAUGGCAUUGGCGGCAAAGUGCACAUACCCCGUGACCAUCACCGCUCUCCGCCCUCGAGGGAACGCUGCAGUUCUCCCGCCUCAGCCACGACGGCGUCGUACGGCAGCACCCUUGCCUUUGAGACUGACCCACGUCUCCCAGAGUCACUACCGCCGUAUGCCGAAUAUCUGAAUGAGGAACGGUCGCCGAGGGUCAGAUCAGACGCCGCAGCCGCGGCCAUUUUCGCCAAAAGUCCAGCUGGCGGCCUUGCCCCACCGGAGUACGGCAAUACCGAACAGCCGUACGAUGUGCUGGAUAUGUCCCCGCCCGCCUUCUGCGGAGAACAAGAUAUCAAUACGCACGCAACCCCCAAAAGAAAACGUUCAUUUGCCGCUGUCUGCUCGCCAGGAACGACUGCAAAAGGCGCCUCUCACCCUGCAAGAAUACCGCCAUCUACAUCCUUGGACUCGGGCGACGAGAACAAUGCAGCGCGUUUCCUGCAUUUGUUUGAACUGCAGCGCCAACAACUUGAGCAGCAACGCCAACAACUUGAACUGCAACACGAACAGAUUGAACAUCUACAAAAGAAUGUCGGGGAAUUGCAGAGGUGGAACAAAAAGCUCAAGGGACUACAUGAUGAGUUGGAGGCCGACUGUUUAGGGCUGGAAACUCUUCAAGAUCAAGCUAAUGACGCCAUCAACAAUCUACCUGUUGAAGACUUGAAGGCAAACAUUGGCGACACAUUCAAAGAAGACAUGUGCAAGUUAAUGAAGGACAGCAUGGCGAAACAAAUAGUAGAGUGUGUCGAGGCCCAAGCAGAUGAAGUAAAGAGGAAGAUUCGCCAAGCCCUGCAAUAG